UGCUAGAGGAGGUGCUGGCUUCCGUGGAGAAUGAGCUGCAGGCAGUGGAGAUGCAGAUUCAGGAGCUUGUGGAUAAGCAGCAGGAGCUUCUCCAGAAGAAGAUGAGGAUAAAGAGCCUGCUGAAGCAGUCCUCGGGAGAGCCGGAGGCGGGCGGCAGUGGAGACACCGACACCUCAUCCCAGACCUGGAACAGAAGAGAUUUUCCAUGGUAUGAGAAGCUAAAAACUGCACUGCAGAGCAAGUUUAAACUCCAGAAGUUUAGGUCCUUGCAACUUGAAACAGUAAAUGCUGCAAUGGCAGGGAAGGACAUAUUUCUUGUCAUGCCUACAGGUGGUGGAAAGAGCCUUUGCUAUCAGUUACCAGCUGUCUGUUCUGAUGGUUUCACACUCGUGAUAUGUCCUUUGAUAUCACUUAUGGAAGAUCAGCUCAUGGUUCUGGAGCAGCUUGGUAUUUCAGCAGCUUUAUUAAAUGCCUCAAGCAGUAAGGAGCACGUGAAGUGGGUCCAUACUGAAAUGCUAGCCAGAAGUUCUGAGCUGAAGCUCAUUUACGUGACCCCGGAGAAGAUUGCCAAGAGCAAGAUGUUCAUGUCCAAGCUGGAGAAGGCUUACCAGGCAGGGCGCCUGGCCCGCGUCGCCGUGGAUGAGGUCCACUGCUGCAGCCAGUGGGGCCACGACUUCAGGCCUGACUACAAGUCUCUGGGUAUCUUGAAAAGACAGUUUCCAAAUACUCCCUUGAUUGGGUUGACAGCCACUGCUACAAAUCAUGUUUUAAAAGAUGCUCAGAAGAUUUUGCAUGUUCAGAAGUGCAUUACUUUCACUGCAUCUUUCAACCGGCCCAAUCUCUAUUAUGAGGUUCGCCAUAAGCCUUCAAAUAAUGAAGAUUUCAUUGAAGACAUAGUUAAGCUCAUCAAUGGAAGAUACAAAGGACUCUCAGGGAUUGUUUACUGUUUUUCUCAGAAGGAUUCUGAGCAAGUUACUGUGAGUCUGCAGAAGCUGGGAGUCAGGGCAGGGACUUACCAUGCAAACAUGGAUGCUAAACAUAAGACCCAAGUUCAUAAAGGAUGGGCAGCAAAUCAGCUCCAGGUUGUAGUGGCGACUGUUGCUUUUGGCAUGGGAAUUGAUAAACCUGAUGUGAGGUUUGUGAUUCAUCAUUCUAUGAGCAAAUCCAUGGAGAACUACUACCAAGAAAGUGGACGUGCAGGUAGAGAUGACCAAAAAGCUGACUGCAUUUUGUAUUAUGGUUUUGGAGAUAUAUUCAGAAUCAGCUCAAUGGUGGUGAUGGAGAAUGUAGGGCAAGAGAAGCUGUAUGAUAUGGUGUCUUACUGCCAGAAUAUGAACAAAUGUCGCCGGGUCCUCAUAGCCCGUCACUUUGAUGAAGUGUGGGAUUCUGCCAACUGCAACAGAAUGUGUGAUAACUGCUGUAGAGAGAAUUCAUGUGAGAAAAUGGAUGUAACAGGAUACUGCAGGGAUCUAAUCAAGAUCCUUGAGCAAGCAGAAGACAUGAGUGAGAAGCUCACCCCGCUGAAAUUAAUGGAUGCGUGGUCUGGGAAGGGGGCACCAAAGCUCAGGGUGGCUGGAGUUACUCCUCCAAAGCACCCUCGAGAGGAACUGGAGAGAAUUAUUGCCCAUUUACUGCUGCAGCAGUAUCUGAAGGAAGAUUUCAGCUUCACAGCAUUUGCUACAAUAUCCUACCUGAAGACAGGACCAAAAGCAGGUCUGCUGAAGAACGAGGCACACGUCAUAACUAUAGAAGGAAUAACAAACAAGAAAAGUGUUUACAAGGACAAACCAUCUCAGUCUUCAAAUUGGAAUGGAAGCAGAGAAAAUGCUCAAACUGUUCCAAAGACUGCCCAAGAUUCAGUGGUGAAGAAGUCACAGGAACGUAAACGGCCCAACUGCAGCAACUCUAACUUAAAAGCAAAGAAGCUUAAGCUUCAGGCAGGUGGAGAUGACCAACCAGUAGUUCUUGACUGAAUUUCACAGGCUGCGUUUAGGAUCUAAUCAUGUUUCCCUCUCCAUGGACAAUGCAGUAUGUAAGUUCUGUUUGUGUUAGUAAUGGUAUUUUUUGUGCAGUUUAAAAAAUAAAAACCAAACAGGGAAACAAGUAUCUUUAAAACCCUCAAAUCUAGAGAAAAUCAAGUAGUCAAGGGAGAAAUGCUUCACAUCAAAGUAACUGGUGCGUGUCUUAGGAGACAACAGUGACUACAAAAUGUA